AUGGUCCGGGCUCUCUCCAUUGCCCUGAUCGACCGGGCUCUCUCCAUUGCCCUGAUCAACCGUAGUCUGUCGCUGGAGGUGCGAGCGAAAAUUAUCGCUCAAGGCUGGGACGACCAGGAGACUGACUCAAAGGCCCUGUAUGACCUCGUCAAGCGAGUUGUUCCCCGACUUACGCAAGAAGCCAUCGUAGACCUCGUUGUUGAGUACGCCGCGAUCGACCGUACGACCUUCACCACCAUGCCAGCCUAUUACACAAGAGCCCAAUUUCUCUACAAGAAGCUCGGGGAGCUCAAUGCGGGAGUUGGUGAAAACUUCCACCUUGAUCACCUCAUCGUCACUUUGAUGGAGGCAUACCCUGAACGUUCUCUAUUCUGGCUCAGUGGCCUGAGGAACAAGACCCUGGAUAUGAAGUCCCUGGAGAGAGACCUGGAAGAGAUCUCUUCAAGCGGGGAGACGACAGCUAUGUUCAACAAGGUCACUGCGAGCAAGGAUACAGAGAACAACUAUUACCACCCUGGUUGCGUAGAGACACACUGCAACCACACGGGUUGCGCCAGCCUCUUUCUUGUCUGGGAAGACGAGGAAUGCUCUAGGCGCUGUAUUGAGUGGAAGUUGGCUGAACAGGAGAAGAAGAAUUCGGCUAUCAAAGCGAAGAAGAUGAAGAAGAAGUUGGCCAUUAGGGCGAAGAAGGAGAAGGAAACCUCGGGCACGGCAACUAUGCCGGCGGUCCUACAGAGCGGCUCAGGCAACCCCAACACUCCAAGCUGAACCAACGCUUCGCCUCAACUAUUCGCAGACUACUCGCAGACUACUCCCUCAUGCCCCUUAUGAUCGGCUUAACCGAAGACUAUCAGUUCAGCAGCCCGCCCGCGGAGAC